AUGGAUGGUGCUGGUGGUAAUCCAAGCGGUGGAAGCGGUGGUUUCGAUCCAUGUGAAUGCAUUAAUAUGCUUCAUAUGAAUCAUGAACAUGCUAUGAAUCGUUUAACUAAUAUGCUUCGCAAUGCACAAACAACAUGUACUGAUACUGAAUGUUUUACUGGUCCAUUACCCGGUCAACCGAAUACCGGUGGUAAUACAGGAAUGUCGAAUAUGUAUUUAAUUAUAGCUAUAUGGCUUGCUUUGGCGUUUUUACUUUACAUAUUUCGCCCACGUACACUUCGAAACAAUCGUGAUCAUCCAAGCAAACCAAAUAAUCAAGUAAAUAAAAUCUUCAAUAGACGUGGACCGCAUCGUGGCAAUCAAGAUCCACCAGGACCAGAAGUACAUUAA